AAAACGCGGGAAGGCGAAGGGAAGCGGUCGGCAAGUGGGUGCGCGGCCACGGCAGGGCACACGCAUCCCUCGCGCUACCGGCUCUCCACUGCGUUGCCGGCAGCUCUGCAAGAAGGGCCAGCGAACGCGCUCACCACACAGGCGCCCUCUCCCUGGCGGCCACUUGUCGUUACAACUGUCACCGCGCUGGAUUUUUAAACAUUGACUCUGGAAAGGAGCCCCGUGGUGGCACUCCUUACACACGGGGGUGUAUAUCUGAGUCGGCAGUCGACAGUGCAUGUUCGCUGGCCCGUUUUCGACGCAGUGCUCUUCGGGUGAUAUGAGGCAGCGACAACUGACGCCGUCGACCGGGUGCUGCUAGAGGCUUUGGGAACGCCAGCUGGGCUUAGCGUGUCCACCAGAGCAGUCACUGCAGCCCUACGUGUGCCGGCAUCCUGUCUUGUCGAGUUGUUGGAGAGAUGGUCGCUUAACAGAAGCAUCUGCUGGGCUCGAGAUGAACGCGACGCUUGCUACGGCGGCGCAGGGCGGGUGCGGGCGGCGUCAGCUGGGCCCUGGCCGGCAGCUGGCCAUCACCCUGACGUACGUGCUGGGCGUGGCGGGCAACGUCGCCGCGCUGCUCAUCCUGCGCGGCCAGGCGCGCCACCGCCGCCACGCGCUCAUGCUGCGCUGCCUCGCCGCCAACGACCUGGUCGCGCUCACCGGCAUGCUGCUGCAGCUCUACCUCAAGCUCUACCUGCCCUGCGAGUACUUCUCCGAGUACUGGUCCUGCGUCGUGCGCGUCCUCUGGCGACUCUUCGGGCUCGGCUCCGGCUGCGUCGCCAUCGUCAUGGCUGUGGAGCGCUGGCUCGCGCUCACGCACCCCUUCUUCUACCAAAUGCACGUGACGUACCACAUGAUAAAACAGUCCAUCUUCAUCCUGUGGGCCGUGGUGCUGGUGCUGGUGUGCCUACCGCUCACCGGGUUUGGAAUCUACUUUGAGGACGGCAAGUGUGUGCGCCUGAGAAAGGCCAAGGCACCAGAGGACGUGGCCUACGCAUACCUCUACUUUACUUUCGGCACGGUGCUGUGCGCGUGCAUCGUGGUGUGCAACCUGGCGGUGAUUCGCGCGCUGUGCCAGCUGGGCUGCCGCGGCCGGCGCCGGCGCCUCGGCGUGCGCAUCUUGCGCCACGCCAGCCGCCACGGCGAGCCGGGCGCCGCCUCCGAGAUCAUGUACAACGCCGCCACCACCGAGGAGGUCGCCUUCGCGCGCCUCAUGGCCGUGCUCUGCAUCAUGUUCGUCGUCUGCUGGGUGCCGCAGCUGAUGUCGAUCCCGAUGACGCAGCUGGUGGAGGGGUCGCGGUACAAGCUGUUCUUCGACGUGGCGGAGUGCCUGCUGGCGCUGCACUUCAUGCUGGACCCGUACGUGUACGUGCUGCUGCGCCACCGGCGGCGCGCCACCUGCGUGCCCGGGCUGCUGAAGCGCGUCUUCCGGCGCUGCUCGACCAGUACGGCGACGGCCAGCGCGUCGCUCGCGCUCACCGACCACGAGCCCGCCUCCAGCGCCGGCCGGCCCAGCCUCGCCUGCGCCGCCACGCCGCCCCUGCCGCCGCCCCCACCGCCGCCGCCCCCGCUGCCCGUGCCGCAGCCCACGGCUGUCUAAGUCUUAGUAAGCAGCGAGCUGGAAACACGUCUUUGGCCCAUCACCUGCGGUGAGGAAACCAGCUCUACCUACUCCUGCGAGCUCGCACCUGUAACGAGAAUCGCAUCGCUGAAACUCGCGAGUGUGAGCUAUUACAAUUCUUCGUGGUGUUUGUUAGCAGGGUGCGGCUUUUUCUUGCCUGUUUGUUUUCUGCUACAUCGGGUGCGAAACCCCUGUUAAGAGCCUUAGGAAACAGCGAAAAGCUUCCUUUAACGUGAUUUUCUCGACGGUAACUCGAUGUUCCAUUCUCGUGUUUUAAUCUUUUAUAUUAUCUCGCCAGAGGCUACGAAUAGCGGCGCGUUCUAUGCGUAUUGCAGCUACUGGUAAUUAUCGACGUCCUCGACUUUGCUGUGGAACGUGUAUUGCCAAUGCGAUUAGUAGCGCUUUUCUUAAUAUGCCUAUUUCAUUAGUGCGUCGGAGAUACGACACUGUUCCGUGUGCAAACAGUACAUCCUGAGAUAGUUGCUGAUCCGCGUGAACCGUUCCAUCCGAGUUAUUUUCGCCAGUCUUUUCGCAAAUAAAUGUUCAGAAUGUUUUGAGGGCUUAACUUACGUAAACAAAGUGCUAUAAAUACAGCCAUUUUUAAAUCUAAUAAUAAAGUGAAUCGUUAGGAUUUGAAAUUAGUGGCGUAAUAUAGGAUAGAAAAUUAGUAAAGAAGUCAAUAAUCGCUUGUAGGAUUUACGUAAAGGGUUUUGCCCAGAUGCCAAAUUAUUUUAGCGUUCGAGUUUUUCUUACGACGCUCUUCGACAGUCGGCAUACGCGCAAGGAGCACAUCAAAAUUGAUACGGUACAAAAUACAGACCCAGUGAGCACACGAGAUACCGUGAUGAAGAAACAAAAAUUAUAGAUACGACGUCUCUUGUCAAAGGGUACCGUACAGUGCACAGAAAAGUGUUAAACGGAAUAUUGGGACAUCUAACUGAUAUAGUUGCCGCAAAAGUGGUACUACGUCCGUGCAUAACUAUAGCGUCACUUCGUGGUUUCUUCGUAGCAUUUCAGGCAGACGUCACGAUUUGCAGUUUUUCUCGUAUCCACGGUACCCUCUGCCAGAAUAUGUUGCAUCUAUAUUUUUGUUUCUCUGUUACUUUAUACCUUCUUACGAUGUCACGUGCUAACUAAUCUCAUUCGUUACAUGAUUUCAUUUUGGUGUGCUCCUUAGAUCUGUUCCCCUUAUAUACAGAUGUGAUGACAGUGAUCGCUGAGACGCAACAUAAGGAAACAUGAAUCAAAGUAAUUUGAUAUCCAUCCAAAAUUCUGUGUUGCCUAUUAGUGAAAGACGUAAAAAUGAAAACUUUGUUACCUCCGUAAUCACCCAGUAGUGAUUUAGAGGGACAAGUGAAACGAACUCUUGGCGUUGGCACUAUAAAGAUAUGUAUCUCUGGGAAGGAUGAGAUUAUAAAAAAAAGUCAACAUGACCAGAUGCCGAGUAUAAUAACGCCUUUAAUAAUACAACGGAUGAGAAAAUACGAAAACAAAUAACUUUGCGCUUAUGUUAAGUUGUCCAUGAGCCGAUUCAGUACUCGUAAGAUCGUCAGCAUGUGUACAAAACCACCUCUAACGAUAUACCGGUUGUAUAUGGUUCCGCAAGGGAAUUAUGUUUUGUUGUUGAAAGGUAUCUGUAUCCCACUACUUAAGAUAAUAAGAAAAAAAAGGUGACAUACAAUUUCCUAUUCAGUGAUCGUCUUUUCGCCUAUACCAAUAUUGUUACUAUUGUCCUCACAUGUCAGCCACAAAUGGAUUCUUUCUGGCUCUGCAACUGACAAUUUUCCCUUAAUGUAAAGUACUUUAGUCUGACUUAAGGCAAAACUCGUGUAUGUUUCACGAAGAAAUUGAAAACAAACCUAUUAGUCACAGCUGCCUUUCCUCCUUUAUCAUUAUAGAAUUCUUGGUCCAGUUCCGAGAAAAUUAUGUCCACUUUUUCCAUACGAUCAGUAUCAUUGAUACGUGUCAGGACACAUAAGGAAGUUAUAAGAAUUUUGGAACGACAUCAAUCAAUCAAGUGCGUUACUAGAAUUUUAUUUCAUAACUGGUUUCAAGCAUUUAGUGUUAAUCUUUUUUUAUUAAAUUACGAAAUGUUUCAGAAUUUUUCGUGUUUUAAUACUCUUAAAGGUAUAAAAUAAAACUUACGGCCACAUACCCGACUGGUUAUAGCCAGCCCGAAAAUAUUCUCGUAACACGCGCGAAAUUCCAUUUCUCCAACAUAAUAAGAAUAGUUUCUCACGAUAAGGUCUCUCUUUUUAACUUUCAACAGUUAUACAAACGUCGCUGCAGUUGCGUACUUUUUUCUACCAAUAUCCACGUUUCUUUUGUUUUAUCUAUAAUCGGAGCCAAACCACAGAAAUGCUUUGUUACUGGUAACCGCCCCAUGCGCGGCGAGUACAGUGGUUUUGUGUGACAAGAUACAUUACGUUGUACUGUUGUGAUGCCAUUUCUAUCUCUUCAUUCUGCUCGUUCACAGUAGAACUCGAGCUCCACAGAAAGUUCUUCUUGAAGCAUCUAUCACACGCACACCUAGUAAUUAUAAACUUGUGGCCGAAUCACAUUCAUACACGUUUCAUUGUUUUCUUCUGAUACAUAUCUAUUCUGUGCUCAACAGAGUAUUCUGUGAUUGAGAGUAGCUUACAUAAAGGAUAGAAGUCUGUCAUUAUCUCGCGGAUUAUACGAAGCAGACUGCUGUGACAUCCCUCUACUAAAAAACUUUCUCUUGGCGGGUAAUCGGCGGAUUGUUUGGACAUGGUUUGUCAUCUGUGUAGUCAACAGGAAUAUCUUAUGUUUGCUAUAGGGUAUUCUGUUACUCUGUUGAUUUGACUAAUGCAGUUGGCUCUUGCUUUCCUUUGGGACCUGGAACAGAAACAAAAGGAGAGUGGCAGACCAGGAGACUAGAACUUAACAACAGUUACACUUAUUCAAAACAAUGUAGGCUACAGUGACAGACAAAAUUUUAAAUUCCAAUGAGUAUUCCCGCUUAAAAAUCAAACUAGAUGUGAAUCCCAAUACUUGCAUUAGGACUAAAGGCUUUACAGUUAGCUCUACUCAUUGAUUUAAAUGUACUUUCAUCAUGUAUAGUCCUCGCUGCUCUUAUGAAAUUCUUUGUGAGUCCUAACUAUUUUCGCUCUUUUCAUCUCUCAAUAAUUCAUGUGUUAAAAGUCAGCACCAACAUUGGAACUGACUCUUAUUUUAUGAAAUUGUAAACAUAUCCCUUGCAUGCUUUGAUUUUCAUAAUGAUCCAGAACUGACACAUUUGUGAGCCGUGCCGUACGGAAAUUGUUGCUGUGUAAUAGCGCAAGCCUGUUCGAUGCUGUAUAAGUCGAAUGCUGCUAUACUUAUUAUUUGAUGUCUUGUCUUCCAUUUCAUUUUAUGGUGGACUGACUUCUCGACAAAAACGGUAUGUGGCCAGUAUACUUUCCCUUGAGUUGCUGUUCGCAAUUUGCUCAAUUACAAUUCAGGUUUUCUCUUACCUUUGAACAACACUGUAGUACCAUCACACUCUCUUGGUAGACCACAGUUACACAAGCUAGCUGAAAGAUGGCCAUCAAACAUUUGCUUCAGUAUUCCUGUGUUGGGCUACACCAGGUUAUUGUAGUGAACUCUGACCACCACUAUUCACUUGCGGAACAUCAGAUCUGUUGAUUUUGGCACUUAUAUCAGACAUAAUGAAUUUUAGUUCUGUCAGAUGGUUAUAUUUCACUUUUUUUUCAUCACUGACAGAUGGUACUGAUUCAUCAUGUAAUGGUUCAGUUUAUUUGUCCAGUGCCACAUGCACGGUGCGGUGUAUUGGUGAAGAUGGACAGUAUUUAUGUGCUCAUUUAUGAAUGAUUGGAAUUGUUUCAAGAAUAGCAUUCUGUUGUAAAAUACAACAAUUAGAUUAUUGACAUAUACAAGAUAUGUUAUGCUUGUCAUUAUAUGAUAUGACAUUUAAAGUGCAAUUAAUAUUCCGUAAGUUAAGUUCACAAUUACUGAUAAAUGUACAAACUGUUCAGAUAAUGGAGUGCAGCAGCAGUGACUAUAUUCUUUGAUUCUUUGUUGUAUCAUUACUUGGAUAUGUACUGUGUAAAUGACUUGUAUUUUCCUAUGAACAUCCUACUAACUUGAGAACCUUUCCAUGGAGAUAAAUCAACCAUCACAGUCUACCUUUUUUUUCUUUUUGUGAAUUGAGCACUGUCAAAGAGAUGUCAGUCCUUUGAUGAUAGCCAGGUUAAACAGCCAAAACAGUGGGCAGCAAGCGCUUGUCACAUAAUGCAAAUUUGCUGCAGACAGCUGAAUCUAUUAACAAAUUAAAUAAUACCACUUUUGUAAAAUGAAAUGAAAUGAAGCAUACCCAGGCUUUGAAAAUGCAAAGCAAUGUCAUGACUAGAAAAACUUUGCUGAUUACAGUACUGAUCAGUACCAAUAUGCAGUGCCAACAUGUACUAUGCAUAUGGAAAUGCUAACAGUUUUGUACUUAAAGAGGUGGUUUGAUAAUAUCCUAUAAGUUUUAUGGGUAUGGCAAAAACUGUAACAAAAUAUAAGAUGGAAUAAAUAAGACAAUGUAAGAAUCAUGUACAAAUUGUAACAUUUUCCAUGAUCUAGCAUAAAAAUUACUGGUAUGCUCCAUAUGAACUGCUUCUGAAAACGUUAUACUGCUUUCAAGAGAAUAUGUUUGUUAAAUGAGUAUAACAGAAAAUUGGUAGUUUAAGAUGAAAGGUCUUUGCACAUUGUAAAUUAUUGUUCUCUUUAUGUAUAUCAGUGCUGAGUGCAAGAACACUUCAUGCUUCCUUCUCCUUUUAGGAAUGGUCACUCUACCUACAGGUACUGUAAUAUUGCUAAAAUUAUGGCAUUUCUAUUGCAUGGUGUGUAUAAUGAGAGUUAUAAGGUAUCACAGCUACAAAAAUAAUAUGAAAAACAUAAGUUGUCUUCAGUAGAAGUUUCACAUUACCAAAAAUACUUUUGACUACUUCCAUAGGAGACUCAUACUUCCAUCAGAACUUUGCACAGGAUGUAUAUUCAACAUCAUCGCCUUAUACUAAUACACAUGUUACAGUGUCUCUAAUGUAUCAUAAUAGAAUUUACAACAUGACUUCUAUACCAAAGAAAAGCUGAAAAUUCUCCUUUAUAACAAAUACUGAAAGGCCUACUCAGUUUUCAGAAUAGUUGGCUGUUUGUAGGCUCAUUGUGUGAAGAGAAAUAUUAGAAUAUAUUAUAUUAAAAGAGACAGUUUAUAAAAUAAGUAGCAUGCAAUAAAAGCUAUAUUGGAAUCUAAAUUGAAAGUUCAGUUCAGGACUCUGCUUUAUGCUGCCUUACAUUUUCUUUCACAAAAAGAGAAAAAGUCAGUCCGGUGGGAGAGAUAAAAUCUUGUGGGAAGAGAAGAUUCAUGAGAUGGAACAGCAGGUGGUAUACCAUCUGGAACAUUGUUAUUCUGCUGGAUAGUAGCAGGUCAUGUGUUACAGCAAUGAACUCAUAUCCAUUGUUACUGACAUCUUGUAGGAGACAUUCUAAGCUGACAGUUUACUCUACAUAUCUCAUGAAGUAAAGUUUAAUAACAGAGAGCAGUUAUAUCUCUUGGCAGUUCACAAAAAGAAUGAGGUCUCUCAGAUUCAUUCUAUUAAAGCAUAUAUUCUGAAAAGUAUUACACAUGUGUUAUAAAAAGUUUUUUUUCCUAUUUCUCCAUGAAUGCCACUUCAUAGUUUAGGAAGUUUUUCUCGUAUGACUAAUAGAGAAUUAUGACAAUUUCUACAGUGAAAAAUGAGUUAAUAAGUUUAAUUUCUGCUCCAAACAUUCUGCUAUUCAUAGUGUAAUGUAACAUCAGAAAAUCUUUCAAAUCUAAUGUUAAUAUAUUUGAUAAGUAAAUAAAGAUUAUGUAACAUACAUCAGAAUUAAAUUUUAGCAAAUGUGAAACAUUUUCCAUUAUGAUUUUUAACACUGUUACAUAACCUUACUUGGAAUUACAUGAUAAUAAUUCUGAUUCCAAACUAAGAAACAACAUACGUCUACAUUCAAGCACACUCAUAUUUGAUGAGUUGAAAGGAUAUGUGGAACCAAACUGUCUCACCUCUGUGUGUUUCCAAAGAUAUAUUUGUAUGUUACCAAUAACAAUGCAGCACUGUUUUCCAAAUUCUUAACUUAAUAUUUUUGCACAAUUCAAUUUUAGAGCCAGUUGAUGAGUUUAUUAACUUUACACAAAGUGUGAAUGAAAUAUGCCGAACAGUUUGCUGUACUGUACAAUAAAUGUUUAAACUUUCUUCAGAGUUGCUUAACAGGUGAAAUGAUUUAGCUAUUAUGAUUGGUUUACUAGUUCCCUUAUGCCAUCUGAAAGAGAGCAUUUGUUAAAAAUGUCUAGAAAUUAACAGACGGACUUCAAGUAAUGGCACAUUUAGGCACUGCUAGCUUUGUGUUUUUUGUAGAAACUUACCGAAGUUUAAUGUGAAAUUCAGUUUGCAGAAGAUUUGUUACUUUCAGUGUCUGCAAAUGUUAGUAUGAAUGCCUGUUAUUGUAUGACUGAACCAGAUUAGUUGUAAAAAUAUUACGCCAAUGCUCUUUUUUCCUUUUUCUGCUUCACAAAUAUAUUUUCUGCUGUUUUGGAACUAUUAUGUCUUUUAUGGACUAUAACAAAACACUACUCAGAACUAAUACUCAUUUAUUUUUACUAAGAUAACUUGAUAAUGCCUUUUAGUCCUCAAAAACAUUUGAAGUUUUUUCCAAAGGGUGUAAUAAACUAAUAUGAUUACUUGGAAGAUUAUGACAUUUUAAUGAACUUGAUACAAGGAAUGUAGCCCUUCAGUGGUUAUUAUGAAGUAACACUCCAAUAGUAAGCAAAAAAUACAGAUGACAAUAAUAUUGUAAUAACAUAAUUAACAAAUAUAUUAUAACUUACUUAUGUUAAUGUUUGUACCACAUGACCUGUUCAUUUUGACAAAAGUUAUUAGAAAUAGACAUACAGAUCAGUUAUAUGUACAAAAAUUCAUCAUCCUGAGCCAAAUAAUAGUGCCAUACUUUCAGUCUCAUCCAAUCUGUGGCAUCACAUCAUGACAGAUUAUGAAUAACGUAACCCUGUCAACCUGAAUGCUCAUAAAAAGGAGUGAUGGAGAUUGAGGUAAUAAACUGAUAUGUUGAAUGAAGAUUAUUACAAAAUACACUGUUCUGUAAAUUGACAACCGGAUUUGUUUAACUGUAUUAUCUUUUACAUUAUGUUAAUAAAAUAAACUCCCUACUGCUGUUACAUCAAAUUACAGUUUCAGUUAAUCUUAAGAGUAUCAGUACUUUUUGUUGAUAAAUACUCAUACUAAUAGUGUCCAUGUAGUUUAUUGUCAUUUUUAUAUGAUAAAUGGCAUUUCUUAUGGAAUAUCUGAUCCUUUUUUUUUCUUUGCAAGAAAUAUGUUUUUGUGAUGGAAAAAUUAUUAGGCUUGCUGUAAGUAUGAUUGGCAACAGUUAUGUUAAUCACAAUCAAAUGAGUGUAUUAGGAGUAAGAUAGUUCAUUUCAGAUAUAAGAGUAAGCCAAUCAAUUGCAAGUGAGAUCUACUUUAAAAAAAAUGCUGUAAAAUUUUAGCUAUAAGAUUUCUUAUUUUCAUUUGAAUUACACCACAAUUCCCAUGAUCUACAAAUUAGGUGAAAUGUUUUAAGCCAAUGCACCAUGUCCACUCCUAUUAUUCUCCAGAAAACUUGUACCACAUACCAGCUAUAACAUAUUUCUGUUGUAUCUAUGUUACAAAGAAAUCAAUACACUCAUGUUCAAGGAAUGUUAGUCUUUUACAUGGAUAAUGCAUUAUGUUCUGUAUUUGGGCAUUUACACUCAGUUAAUCAAUUUUUGGCCAAAGUAGAUGUGAGGAGAUGACGUUUGCUGGAUGUAUUUUCUCCCUUCUUUCCUUAAUGAGACUAGAAUGUAAUAUUUGUUGCAAGAGUUUCACAUUUUAAUGUAGAUUAUGCAAGUAGUGUUCCAGUAUAUGACUAUGAUUAAGCAUAUACCACUCUUGUUAUGAAAGGAUUACAUCUUAUUUAAAAAUGAUAACACUUUUAUCACCUUAACACACAAUGUAUUAAAGUUUGCAGGAAAUGCAAUGUAAUAUGACAAACAAAUCAUCUAACAGAAUGGAAUUAUAACUUUCAUGGUGUAGAGCUUUCUCUUCCUCUACUAUCUCUGCUUUCUCCUCCUCCUCAUCCCUCCUUUUCUUUCUCCUCAGUACUACUGUAUCCUCCAUAUACUUCUUCUUUUCUAAAAAAAGUAUCAAACAUUUAUAGGACAGGUCUGAAACAUUCUAUUCUUUAUGCAAUUAACAAUAUAAGAAUGAAAAAAUAUUCACUGAAUAAAAGAAAAUUAAUGUUUUUAACCAUUUAUAGUACAACUAUAUUAAAUCUAUUUCAUGUAUAUUUUGGAAAUAAGUGUAAAGCUCUCUAUGACACUGUAUGUACUAUCUAGGACUGACAGUUUUUAACUGUUAUUCACUUUUAUCAGCAGCAUUUCAGUCAGAUAACUACACAGAAAAAGGUCUAGUCUGUAGAAUGGCCAUAUUGUCAGAAAUAGUCAUAUAAAGUAACUCAAUAUUGACUCUUCUGUAACUGUAGAAGAUCCAAUUUUAAACACCACUCCUGCAAUUUAGUUUGAAAAAAGAACAUACGUUUCUUGUCUUUAUGUAUACUCAUAAUAAUGUUAAGAUAUUAAUACUAGUCUACUAUUGAAUUUAUUUUUAUUUCAUAUAAGUAUGUGCCAUUUCGUAACCAAAGAUAAAUACUUUAACAUAAGAAUGCACAUUAGAGAAUGAUAAUAUUAAUACUGAAUUUCACUGUUUGGUCAACUUUACUUUUCUACUCCAUUUUCAUAGAAAAAUUGUGUAAGCUGCAUUAUACAUUACACUUGUGCUAUUUAUUGUUCUUAAAAUUCUUGAGUUCUUCUAGUCAGUUGCGCAGAAUUUUCUGCAAUUUUAUCAGAGCCAUCUAUAUCCAUAUGUGAACAUCACAUGUGUAAUGUGUAUAAUAAAACGCAGGAGCAUUUGCUUCUUAUAUUGUUGUAUGUGGUUCUAUUUUUAACUACUUUUGCAGAAAUAAAUCUAGGUAGAAAGUAUUCAGAUAAGUUAGAUACAUUUUUCUAGCACAAAGCAUGUUAAUCAAACCAUGACAACAUUUUUUUAAAAUGAAUCAUAUUUUAUGUGUGUUUCCUGUGAGAAUGAAAUGUCUGCUAUACCAAAUAUUUAUCAAUAAAUAUCACUCUGUUAAAGCAUUGUAAUUAUAAUUUCAUGAGUGCUGUAACAGAAAUAAAAAAAUGAUAAAAAUAA